AUGCGCCUUGGGGGCGGCUUACCAUACGACGGCGACCCCCCGACAAUGAGCGCAGCUGGCAAUGAUUAUGCAGAACUAUGCGAUCUUGGACCCUCACGAUGGAGUUCGCGUGGCUAUUAUUACGCACCACCCGCACAUGCGACGGCUUUGCAUCCUAGUGCCGCGUACGGCCUACAACAACCACAAUCCUCAUCAAGCGUACCAACCGGCAGUUCGGCCGGUCUCAGUGCGCAUCCCAUGCGCGCACCGAGCAGUUACGAGGCGGAAGACGUGUCCUUUGGUAUGAUAAGUCCACCGCCGGGUGGGGUUGGCUCGUCAUCGGCUGGCUUGAGUGGCACGUACGGUAUUGGUUCGCGUAUCGGUAAUAGUACGAGUUCGUUGCGUGGCGGUCGUUCAGGGCUCUAUUACUCGCCGCCCGGUACAUCGUAUACGAUUGUAGAGCGGCCACAUUCACCGCACUACUACUACAAUACGGCAGGUGCGCCAACGAAAGGCGGCUCAUUGCCGGGCCGCGGUUCGUCUUACCUCUCGUCGACAGCCGCACCCACCAGCCACAUGGCGGCCACUGGGGGCGGCGGCACGCUGCCCAACUCAACGGCGACGAUGGGCGGACGCGCACACAGCAACAUGGGCAUGGCGAAUGGCAAUAAGAAGCGGCCGAUUUCGCCAGAGCAGGUGCUACGCAUGUUCGGUGCGACACAAUCGUCUUCAGUUCCUACAAGCAGCUAUCACUGCAGCAACGGCACAAGAGAUCGCACCGGACGGCGCAGUCCAGCGAGCAGUCCACCCUCGACCACGCAUCAGACGUAUCGUGAGCGAGAUCGGGAUCGUAGUAUAAUCAAUAUUCAUGAAUUAACCACACGUACCAUAAGCAUGUCGCGCGAUCAACAGAUCGACCAUGGUUUUGGUAUUUGUGUUAAGGGAGGAAAAGACUCAGGAUUAGGCGUCUAUAUCUCACGCAUCGAAGAGAAUUCAGUAGCGGAGCGCGCCGGCCUGCGCCCCGGUGAUACAAUCCUAGAGGUGAACGGUACGCCAUUCACUUCAAUAAAUCACGAGGAGGCGUUAAAAAGAUGUGUGCAGAUAUUGAAAUCAUCACGUCAAAUCAGUAUGACGGUACGCUCGCCACCGACGCUCAACUCCCACGCGCCAUUGCACGGCUUCGGUCCACCUUCAUCGCGGGAUCCCAUGUACGCAUCGAUGGCGCCACUACUGCCACAAUCUGCGGCUGGUUUGCCACCCGGAGCGACGAUGAUUGGUGGCAGCGGUUUGCCAUUUCGUCAGACAUGUUCCUGGAUGGACCGACAUGGUCGUCCCGCAUCGCCGCCCAUGGAGUAUGGUGGACGGCAUACUGAUCGUCGAGAAAGAAUACGACGCGUUGAGCUGCUCAUUGAACCGGGGCAAUCGCUAGGUCUCAUGAUACGUGGUGGCGUUGAAUACGGCCUCGGCAUCUUCGUCACCGGCGUCGAUAAGGACAGUGUCGCUGAUCGAGCUGGCCUUAUGGUCGGCGACGAGAUACUCGAGGUCAACGGGCAGUCAUUUCUUGACGUGACACACGACGAAGCGGUCAGUCAGUUGAAAUACCAUAAACGUAUGUCGCUUGUGAUACGCGACGUCGGUAAAGUGCCACACUCCUGUACAUCCAUUGAAAUGGAGCCUUGGGACGCGUAUAGUCCGACGGGGACGAGAGCACGUCGAAAAGGUCAAAUAACCGCAAUGGUGGAGGAGAAGGCACGCUCUCUUCUGCCACGCCAUCAAUUUGCAAGUCUCUCCUACUAUAUUGCCGAAUAUGCUGCGAGAGCGAUGACCAUAGAUGCCUUUGUUGCCGUUUUAUUAGAAAUGCUUGACACAUACGAGAAGCAUACGUUAGUGACGGAACUACGUGAACUCAUAUACCCAGAGGAUCGUGCGCGAUACGAUGAGCUUGUUUAUCGUAGAGAACGUGAUCCCUAUAGCGUGGAGAGGCACAGGCGUAAAGGAGAACCCGCACGUGAUUUACCGGUAACCGAUGUUGACUUGGAAGUAAGCGCGGCCACUGGACGCAGUCCCUCAUCGGACUCUGGGCUAGGCAUGACAUUGUCGGACAUGAAGAAUCGGUACAGAAAACUUAAAAAGAAAACAAAAGAAAAAGCAAACCGAAGAUGCAGUAAAAUUUUUUAUAACGAAAAUUUCUUUAUUUUUCUUCUGCAUACACCGCAAUGUUUUCUUUCUUCUCUUCUUCCCUCUUUAUAUCUCUUUCUUUCCCUGUGUCCUUUUUAACAUUGAAAUUUC